UCCCUGUGUGCCCCCGCCCUGCCGCAAAGCGCGGCCGGGAAGAUGGCGGCGCGCGGGGCGCUGGGCGCGGGUGGUUCCUGGGCGCGGGGUCUGCUCGGGUGGGCGCUGCCCGAGAGGUGGCUGCCAUCCUGGAGCCUUUUCCCUGUGUCCUGCAUCCAUACAAGCACAUCUCUGCAGAAGACUGGGAAGUGGGAGAAGAAGAACAGGGUUGUUUACCCUCCACAGCUGCCUGGAGAACCCCGCAGACCAGCUGUGAUAUAUCACUGUAGGAGGGACAUAAAAUACAGCAGAGAUAAGAUGUGGUAUCUGGCAAAACUGAUAAAAGGAAUGUCCAUUGAUCAGGCUCUUGCUCAGCUGGAAUUUAGUGACAAAAAGGGAGCAAAGGUGAUCAAAGAGGUUCUGUUGGAAGCGCAGGACUUGGCCGUAAGAAAGCACAACGUGGAAUUCAAAUCCAAUUUACAUAUAGCCGAGUCCCUGACGGGCAGAGGCCGCUACACGAAGCACAUCCGUUACCACGCCAAGGGCAUGUUUGCCUUCAUGAAAAUCAACAGGUGCCACUACUUUGUGAAGCUGAUGGAAGGUCCUCCUCCCCCUCCAGAGCCACCAAGGACUGGCUUUGACCAGGCAAAAGAAUAUGUGCAGGAGCUGCGAAACAGAACCCUUGUUCACACGCUGUGACUGAACUGUUGUGACUGUAUAGGUGUCUCUUGGUGGACAGUGUAAUUGUAUAAAAGAAUAAUUAAAAUAAUGCUUUAGUUAUAUCUUUGGUGCUGCUGGGGCUGAGUGAUGUGAGAACGAUCACAGGGGUUUUUUCUUGUUUGUCAAGCCAUAGGUAUGGAAAAAUCUUGGAGGAGCAGAUGUUAUUUGGACCACAGCAUUCAAUCAACCCUGGACUAUCAAAUCUUGAACAUACAGUUCUGUUAUAAAGCUCGUAACAAACAGAAGUUCACAUGGGUGUCUGUUAUGUGUGGUGGGGGCUUGGAUUGUAAAAAUAUGUGCUUGUCAGUCAAAUUGCAAGAUCAGACUUGGACUAAAACUACUGAAAUUUAGAAGCUAAAAUUAAAGUAGCUACAGCAUUGGAACAAAAAAAAGCAACAAUAAUACUUGAGAAAUUCAGACAUCGA